AUGGCAUCAUUACAAAGAGCUUCAUCUCAAAACCCCCAGAGUUUUCUGCAUUUCACCCAUCCAAACCAUCCUGUUACUGAGUGCUACGUAGCACAAGAGUACUUAUGUGAUGCCUGCCACACUUUAGGGCAAGGAAGGAGCUACCAUUGCCCCAUGUGCAACUUUGUUCUACACGAGUAUUGUGCCAUGUGUCCCCCCACCAUCAACUUUCACCUGCACCCUCAGCACGUGUUAACCCUCGUGAAUCAACAAGGUAUGGGACGCGUGUGCAAUCUAUGUGGUGAAAACGUCGACGGAUUAUUUUUCACUUGUCCCGCCGGUGAUUUUGAUGUGCAUCCUCUUUGCACCCAAGUGGUGCCACAGGUGCAACACGCAUGCCAGCCACAUCACCUCUUGACGCUCCAGCCAGGGAAGCAUAGGUGGUGUAAGGUGUGUCUUCACAUGUGCACGUUGUGGCGGUACAGGUGUGACGCUUGCAACGUUGACAUCCAUCUGGAAUGUGCUUUUGGGCCACCGAAGGAGCCCUUAGGGGUUCCGCCGCCAACUCCUAGCACCGGUUAUGAGUUCGGAGUCCCAGCCCAAGGGCCCAUGGGCCAUGUUGGACACCACGUCCAACGUGGUGGGGCUGUCCAAGGGAGUUGGAGGAGAAGGAUUUACUCUGCGGUGGGUAAGGUUGCAACGAGCGUGCUGAUUAGUUCCGUGCUGGGAGUCCCGACGGGCAUACUGUGA